AUGGCUACACUGAGAAUAACGAGCAUCAUAGUUUGUGCUGUUUUACUGGGACAAGGAUGGUCUGAGAAGACAGGUGAGUGCUACUCUCAAGUACAAUGCCAGUUACAUUAUUUGUGUGUUUUAAUACAUGUCUUUAUGUGUGAUGCCAGCUCAAGCUUUCUCUGAUGGAAAUCUUUCAGGAGGUAGUAAAGAGGACCAGAGAGAUGCCAUCCUUAAAGAGAUUAUUUCAAAAUGGAGCACAGGGAGUGGUUGGAGUCCUCAAAAAGCUACCCCAGAAUCAGAGAAGGACCAGUCUGUGCACCCUUGGGUGAGGAACAUCAUGGGAAGCCUGGGAAGUUUAUUUCCAAACAAGAAACUCCCCUCUCUGAACAAACCACUUGACAGGCACCGUCUCUCUAGCUUCCUCUAUAACAUCUCUCUGUACCUCCAAGAGAUGGGUGCUGAGCUGGAGGAGGCUCCUUCAGAGAUGGAUGAGGAGCAGCUCUGGGAGAAGGUACUGCAGUUCUUUCUCCAGGCUGAGGGGAGUGCUACAAUGAACCAGUGGAAUGGAAAGGUGCCACCUCGGCCCAGUGUCAAGGUGCAGGACUGGUUUUUGUCCCUACGGGGCAGCCCUCACUGGGACUGGCUACUGGGGCUGCUGCAGAGUCUGAUCACUCUGACAGAGCGACAGCCCUACAAGCCUCUUCUGACUUAUUUAUCCCAGAACUGGAGGACAGUGAGUGCUGUGUUAGAGGCUGCUCUUCAGGCUCUGGUCAGUGGAACCUAUGGCCAGGCCAGUGCCGGCCUGCAGGGCUUCAUCUGUGCGCUAAAGGGCCGUAGUGACUGUGCUUUCAGUGUCAGCUGGCUCCAGCAGCUGCUGCGUUUUCUAGAAACACGUAACUGGAAGCCUGUGGUCAGUCUACACCCAGCAGGGGAAAGUGCUGAACACGUCAAAAGCUCAAGUGCAUUUGGACGAUUGAAACCCUUCAGCCUGCCUCCUGAGGCCAUAAGGAAGGAUGCAAUGACUGGAAAUGCUUCUUUUGAAGACACAAUGGCCACAGAGGAUGAUCCAGACUCGGUGCAAAGCUUUCUGCUGCAGGCGUUGUCCCGUUCAGGUGGAGGAGAACGAGGGGGGCACAUGGCGCAGAAAAAUCUAGCGCUGGUACAGAGUUUGGAUGGGCUGAGGAGGGGUCUCCUGCACAGGGUGGGGAGUUCUGUCUAUGGCAACCUAAGGAGAAAAGUUUCACAAGCUACCAUGGCGCUGCUUGAUGACGUCAGCAGCUUGGUGGACGUGCCACAGCCCAACGCCCACGGUCAGUGCUCAAUUGGUGAGUAUGUGGAGCAUCUGGUCUCAAACAAGAACUCAUGGAUAAAACUUUGCUAAUAUUAGUGCUCAGUGCUUUGAUACAUACAACCUGACGUGAAAUCAUUUCACACUCAAGUGAGUCUCCUCCAAUUAUUGCUCACAUAUAAGAUGCUCCAGUAUUUUGAUGAGUUUACAUUUAAAAAUUGCAGCAGAGAUAUCACACAUGUGCUGUUAUCUCAACUCUGAAUUAUGAAUUGUUCCGAUCUUUAUUACAAAUCCUCUCUUGAGCCUCGGUUUGGCCCUGGUUUCACCUAAAAGAAACAAGGGAGACUAUGACAGUGACUGACACUGCUUUACAAUCUCUUAUAAUCAUCCUGGCUGGUGAAAGCGGCUGUUGUUAGCUUGACUAAUCCCUUUAUCUGCCCACUGAUGUCAGUAACAUUAUAACCUGAGCAUUGUCUGUUGCGCUGAACUGUUACCUCAGGCAUUGACAUGUGCCUCUGAAACUUCCAGUGGUUUUUUUCCACAAUCACUCACUCUGACUUUUUGUUCAAAUGUUUUUUUUAAUUUUAUUUUAGGGGACCUGAGGCAAUUGAUCUUAUGGUGAGAUAUUUUAGUUUGCCCAACUAUUUGACUCUAAUUUGCUGUUAAAACUAGAUUCUCAUUACUUCCAUUUCUCCAUCUGUGAUGAUAAAGGGGGAUUCGUCACAAUGUCACCUGGAACACCGAAGCUUUAGGUGUUGGGUCUCAUGGUCUCCCAAGCUCUCUCCCAUUCCUGUCCUGUCCCUCCACUGAGGGUGAUGUACCAAGAUCACAACAAACAUCAGCACGCUCAGCUCCAAAACCAGACUCCUCUUCAAGAACAAUCUCUAAACAAAAACGCCUUCAUGAACCCUCAACUGUACCUCACCACUCCAAGCUCAACCAGUCACCAACAAGCAGAACUAGACAGAGCAACACCCAGCAGAAAGAGGUCGAGGAUCCAACCUCUAUUGAAAUCCUGGAAGCAGCGUGUAAUGAAUCCAUCCCAGGCCUGACUGGAGUCUCCAACUUCACAGUGUUCCUCUACUGUAAACUGUUUGACGGGGAGAACGGGUCAGUCAGCUCUGCCGUGGCUCAGAUAGGGCUCGACCUGCACGCCACAUGCUCUGAUGCUGCUUGGUACCUGUCGGCUGCUGAGGAGGACUUCCUUUGGGUUCACGUCUGCAGUGAGUUCUUCGCCCAGGAAUUUAAUAACACAGUGUGUGCCAACUCUUCUUUCUGGCUGCAGAAAGCACAUCAGGUACUCCAUUUUUUUUUUUUGUAAGAAAAUGAUCUGGGAGGUUUUGGUGAUUUAUAAAUGGUAAAAUUGUUCCAUCAGGGAAAUCAGAAUCAAUCUGAUAUCAUACUAUGCCACCAAUUAGCCCCCAAAUUUAAAAUGACAAUGUUUUGAAUGACACACACGUCUAUGGAAGGAAAAAUGGUUUUGCAUGACUCCUGAUCCAUGGCAUCAGAGAGGUUUGAGGAUAUGCUGUGUCUGUCAUGUUUCAUGAGUUCUGAUUAGUCUUGGCGUCAGCCCCUGAUGGCAGCACUCGUAACACACUUUGACACAUCUCUCAUAAAUUGGCAGAGCAUUGGAGCUUACUGUUGAUUAAAAAUGAUACAAAAAAAUUGAUAUAAUCAAGUAGAUCAUAUGAACAGGUCAACCAUAAAGCUGGCCCUUUACAGAUUGUAAGUGACAGCAAAGGAAUUUAGCCAAACAGCUGCUCUUAGUGCUGGAAAAACAAGCUAGUAUUGAAGUGCAAAACUCUGCAGUUCCUCAAAUGUCCACUCGAGGCUGCCAGGACUGUCCCAUCAACCCUUAUGUUUAAUUUACAGCAAGAUUAGAUUAGUUUACAGCAUUGUGCAAAAAAAAACUCAUCAUUUUUUAAGCUACGACAGCAAAGGGUUGUGCAUACACUAGCAUAAUGGACAGGUAACUUAUGGAUUUCUUAGUUGUUUAAAAGUUGGCUGAGUCAGCACUGCUAUCCCUCAUCACCUUGCAGAGCAUUAUAGUUGCCUACAGAGUAUCUAAUCAAGAGAUAAUACUGAGGGAGGAAGGGCACCCAUGAGACAGAUCUAAAUGAAUAGCCAACAUGAAUAGCAGCUUGUGGUACCUGAGAGAACAGCCAUUAUGAACUCGGUUACAAAUUGCAAAUGUAUUUGUGAAUUUGUUUUUUAACGAGCAGGUCUUUUCCUCUGCUUAUUAAAUGAUUGUGAUUUUGAUAUUUGCAGGCUGCAUUGACAAAGGACUACCAUUUUUUCAACCAAACAAGUAUAGAUGAUUUGUGCAUACACCUGUCAGGUGAGGCCAUAGGAAGCCAAGGACCCGGUGAGAACUGUGUGGCUCAGCUGGGCAGCAGGAUGCUCACUGCGCAGACUUUCAGACACUGUUUUCUACCCAACAACUCUGUCUUAAUAUCAGCCCUGUGUGGGAGAGAUUCCCCUGACGCACAACAGUCCUUACCGGAGGGAAGCUGGGCGGCUGCAUACUGCUCCAAAAUACACAACUACUCCCAUGCUGACUCUUUUGAGGAGUCUUGUCAAUAUAAGGAAUGGGCUGUGCAUCAUUUCACCAACUCCACCCUCCUGGAGCUCUGUGGGCAAACACAGGGUUUGAGGGAGUACAUCUGUCUAAACACCACACUCUACAGUGAGCUGUCAAAAUCAGUGCCGCAGUUUGCUGAUCUCUGUGCUGACCUGCAGGCAGAAGUAGAGGAAAGGAAGUGUGUCCUGCAGAGAUUUUUCGACAUACUCCCAGCAAGGUAUGAGUUUGACACAUCCCAGCUGUGUGUGGACCCGGCUCCACUGCUGGUCGACGUUCUGCACAAGCUGAGUGUGUGUGAGGUUCAGGGAGGGGAACGAGAGGGCUUCUUGUUGGCACUAGGGUAUGUGUUUCGUGUUCUGGACAUUAUGGUGGGGCUCUCCUCAGGCUUGGACGAGGGGGAGAGAGAGGCAAGACAAGGUUUGGGUCAGGCCAUUCUUCUCUCCAGCCUCCUUGACAACACAUCUUGGGCAGAACUGCAGCCAGAGGCCUCUAUGAGUGUCCUUCACACCGUCGGAGUCUUCCUCCGUAGGGAGCAAAAUGCCACGCUGAAAGAGGACCUGUUGAGCUGCUUCAGUGUAAGAUAGCCUUCUCUCUCUCUCUCUCUCUCUCUCUCUCUCUCUCUCUCUCUCACACACACACACACACGCACACACACACCAGAGCGAAUUGUGAAUUACUUGUCCUGCUGUUUCACCAGCCUGUCUUGUGGGACCUCAUCCAGCGAGACAACAACUCCUCUGCUCUGAGGGUUCUGCUGCAGGUAUUGGCCUGUGCUGCAACAAUAAUCACAUUUAACUUUCAUACUAGACUCUAUACUCUUACUUUAUGUCAUCAGGAGUACCUACAAAUGCCAAGAGACAGCAUUCGCACUCUUGUGAUGUCUGCUGAAAAAGAUGCUGUAAAGAGAUUCAUCUCCCAUAUGCAUCAAAGCUGGGACCAGUUAAAAGUUGAAACCGGCCAGGUUUGUUUGUACUUUCUCAACAAAUAACUAAUGUAGAGACAUCUAUCAUGAAGCUAUUUGUAAUAUUACAAAACAGAAAUAUACACAAAAUACAGCUCUGAUGACUUUUAUUUUGCUAUUGUACUCUCCUCCUCUGUAUCCAUAUAUCACCCCAGUCUCUCUCUCUCUAUCUCUCUCUUUUUUUCAGGCCUCCCAAAAGGAGCUGCAGGCCAUGGAAACAAUGACUGCUGCUUUCAUCCAUAAGUUCCCUCGAGUGACCCCAGAGCUGUUUGUGGACAUGUCUCAGUUCAUCCCCUUUAUGUCUGUGUCUGAUAUCAUGAGUUUCCCAGCUUCCCUGAUCGUCAACGACACAGUGUGAGUUACCAGUCAAGGACUUAUUUCACAUAGUUUAUGUCUUCAUGUUACAGCUUGUCUGUGGCUUUGGACUAAAGCAUCAGCUGAUUGAAACUGUAACUCUCUCUGUAACAGAGUCGCUUCUGUGUUUCUCUUCAGACUGACAGCCAUUCGUGACCACAGCUCAGGGAUGAAGUCGCUGCAGAAACUGGCAUUUGUGAAAAGACUCCUCCAGUCCAGUGUUGUGGGUGAUGUUCCUUCAUGGCCACCGUACUUUCUCACAUCCAUCCUUCCACUUCUGCCUUACCUUCCAGUCAGCCAUUUUCAGCAACUGACCUCACAACAGGUGAGAUCCUGUCACACUUACAAAGGUUUUACACGGCUUUAGCAUCUCUUUCCUAGAUGUUAAUCAUCCCACAUGGGGUCAGACAGUUACUGAAGACAGUGAGUAAGGUCCUUAGUGCAGCUUUGGCAAGUCAAAGGGGAUGUUACAUGUAUAAACAGUCUACCGAAUGGUUUCAACAUCAAAACUGACUCCAUAGAAAUAGUCUCUCCUCUUGUUAAGGGUCUUUUUUUGUCUUUUUAGGCCACAAAGCGACUUCAACAUCAAUUCCAGCUCAUUCAUUGUCUGCUAAAAACUUUUUACCAGAGCUUUAAGAUGGUUGGAGUGUAAAAAAACGUUUGAAACUAAAGUUACUUUAUUGGAGCUCAAUCAAGAACUUUCUGUCACCAGCCUACACUUAGUCAUCACCUGAGACACUUUUUGUUGUUUUCGCCUUGUCAUCUGUCUGUGUAAAUUUUACCUCUAGCCUUUUUCUGUCACCCCUUUUAGCUCAUUCCUCUUCUAGAGCUGCUAGGCAACAGCAGUCUGGAUGGUGUACGGGGCCGCCAUAUGCUCCGAACUCUUUUCAGCAAGAAGAAGAACUUAACAAGUGACGGCUUACUGAGGUGGGUUCCCCACUUCUGUUGAUCUGGCACCCUUUUAAGUUAUUUUUGAGGCACUUUUGUCUUUGUUGGAUAGGACAGUUGGCAGGAGAUGGAAAAUGUGGGAGCAGAGAAGGGAAUAACAUGCAGGAAGGGGUGGUGGCUGGGAAUCGACUCACCCUGAUCCUUCACUCUUGAUUGCUUUUUGGCUAUUGUAAUGUCUGUAAAUGAGUACAAUAAAGUUUCCCUGUCAGACCUGACACAGGUGCUGCAUCAGUUGACAUUUCUCUCUAAGUUAUUCAUCCCGUACUCCUCUCAUGUUCCUCAUUUGAAGCAAUGUGACAGACGUUGUCUUCUUUUUUUAGAUUAGGAGUCCUUGUGUGCUACCUGGAUCCAGAGGAUCUGACUACAUUUCUUCAGAACUCACCUGUGUCCCCAGCGCUCUGGCAGCAGCUGGCACAAUGCAUGUCCAAAGGCUUCAUCAGCUCCAGUGGCAGGGUAACACACACACAUCUCUACAGAAAGAGUUCACACUCAGGUACAGUUUUAUUAAGGCUUGAUCUGUUUACCUGUGUUUUAUGGUCAGAUGUCUUCUUGGUUGAUACAAGCCAUUCAGACCAUCAACAUCAGCAGCGUGGGUCCUUCAGAGCUGCCAGCCCUCAGGGCUCUUCUACCUCAGUUGGGGGCCUCCUUCCUGCUGUCACUCCCCUCACAACAACUCUUAGACAUCCUCACACAGCCAGGACUUCACAGAUAUUCACCAGCACAGGUCAGUGGGGAAUUAAUUCUUUGUGGACUUUUCUUUAAACUUCUCUUCAGUGAAGGUGUCAAGUUUUCUCAAGUAUUUUAAAGUAUUCAGUAAUUUCUCAUCCCUGCCAUAGCUCUUAAUUUUAGCUUUAAAUUCUCAGAAUUUUGUCUGAAAAUGUCAAGGUACUCAUCAGUCUUUUCUCUAAUGAGGAGAAAGUAAAUUGCACCAACUCUUAUCAGAAAAGAAAAGUUAGCCUUGUCCCUCACAUGUACUGCAGGGUUUUUAAUUGUGGUUUUAUGUUGAAUUCCUCUCCACAUUUCUAGAGGCAAGAAGAUAAUUAACACUGUCAAAAUGUUUAACCUCUAUCCACAUGUAGUGCAACUGUUGAGUAUUUUUCACACUCACUCUCCUGUUCAUUUUGGAAAACUUUCCUCAGGCUUUUCAAAUGCUGUCCAAGAUUUCAAAGGACAUCCCUGUAAGUAAAUCAUUUUAAUUUGAUUUGUCUGAUCUCAGCCAACUUCCCUUUCAUCACAGUGUUUCUCUCUCUCCCCUGUCAGCUCAGCAUGGAAAAACUUUGCAGGCUGAAGCCGUUACACGGUGGCCUCUCCCCUGCUGUGCUCUCAGACCUCCAGGGGACUGAGAUCAUGGAGGCUGCCCAUUGCCCGUGUGUGAGAUCACUGCUGACUGAGCUUAAGCCGGGCCACAGAGCUAUACUCUACAGUGCAAUGCAGGAGGUGAUGGUGCUACUGUCUUUCCUCACUUCAUCAUUUAUUACACUUCUUAUCUUUCCAUCACAUCUUAUCAUUUUUUCUGAUAUACUGUGUCGUCAUGUCUUGAAUAAACAGAUCAGAGGUAGACAGGUUUAAAAGAAUUAAAUAUCACGGUUCAUAUUAUUCUCACAGGUUGUUGAAAGUCCAAACAUUUCCUAAAAUUAACUGAUAAAGUAAGAAUGAAACAUAAAACAUUGGCCCAAGAAACAUGAAUCUGAUUUCUCUCAAAUGUUCAUUGAAACCACAUGUGUAAAACUUGCUUUGUGUGUUUUAUAAUUGGUUUAAAGCAUAUCAUGUUUGACUGUGCAAUGCAUCUUUGGCUUUUGUUUUGUAUCGACAGGCCUUACAAAGAGACGAGCAGAACAUCACCCAGCAGGUAAACUGUCUGUCACCAUUUGUCCCUCUGAGGAAGCUGUCAGAAACUGUAACUGGUGAAACAAUCCUGAGAGAUAUCAGCCUCUACAGAGACAUCCUCUGGUCACCACAACAGGUGAUCAUUUAACCUCAUUCAACCUUUGUGUCUGAUGUUUAACAUUGUAUUGCUAUGAUAACAAUAGAUCUGAAGUUCUCUGACUCGAGGAGCAAAUGCCACCAGCCCUGGUCCCAUUAAUCUGUAACUCAUUGGACAUGCUUCAGAAGAUGCUUUCAGGAUAUUAAUACUCCAUACGCAUCAGCCACCAUCAGGCUAAUUAGUUUGGAUGUAGUACAAUGGUGUGGAGGAGUGUAGCAUAAAUUAAUAAUGGUUACCUUUGAGGGAUUUUGUCACAGCCAAGGGUGUAUUUCAGCCCCUGUUCUCAGUCUAAUAAAACCUGUGUAAAAUCAAUAGACUUGGCUCGUCAGUGAGAAGCUACCCUUAAAUAUGAUGUGAUGCUGAACAUCAGACCUUAUUAUAUUUAGUUAACCCUUCAGUUGAAUGAAUUAUACUCUCAAUCUCUUGAUUUGUGUGAUAAUUUCUUAAAGACAGACAGAAAGUUACAUUGGAAAUGAAUGCCAUUGGCUCUGAAAGCAACCAUCAGAAUUGUUGUAGUUUACAAAAUUGGGUCAAGAUACAUCAUUGAUAACAAAUUAGUAUUGCAUAAAAAAUAAAGUUUAGUUCUUUUUAAUUUGGUUUAAUAAGUAGUUCAACUGCUCAGAAUUUAUAUGAAUUCUGGAGCUUAAAUAUUCAUUAAACUCACCUCAAAAGGAAAAGGUUAAAUGAAACAAACGUAACCAUUUUGCUUUGUUUUAAUCUUAAAGUUAAAAUGAAAAGGGUUUAUUCUUCAUGAAAUAUUGAGGUAGUGGCCUUUUCCUACUAUCAAAGGCAGGAUAAUCUGAUCAGCGUGAAAACACAAACCAUGACUAUCCAUCUUGACACACAGCAAUAAAAUCAGCUUUUUGAAGCAUUUUGAAAAUGUCUUGCUUUAGCCCCCAGAGUGAGACCUGAUAUCUGAAAGCAACAUUGAACCUAAUCCCCUUCAAGCAUCAAACACCAGUGAUUUAAGUUCCAGCUUUCACAGUCUGUAGUUGUGUCCUUUACAAAUAUCAGCUGUAAAUUCAACUUGUGUUGAAGGGAUUCUAUCAGUUAGAAAGAUUUAUCAGGCAAUGACUCGGCAAAGAAAAACAUCCUGGAAAUCAAAUCUUCCUUUGUUUGCUCAUUAUGAGCUAUGUCUUAUUUUUAUAUUCAAAUAUGACCACAUGUGGUUUCAGUUCAUGGUGCUGGUUAAUUGGUUGGAAUUGGUGAGUAAUACUUUCUGGAGGCCUAUCUCAUUUCUUUAAUGGCUCUCAACUAUAAGGAUUUUUUUUUACCUGCAACCACCAGGAAACAUCAAUUUGUUUAGGCGAGAUUGAUUUUUGAACCAUUUUUCCAUGUCAGGAUAAAAACUGUCUCACAGUUGGUCCUAGCUUUCAUGAUUUUAGGGGCUGGGAAUUCAGAUUAGACAAAUGUACCCACUACAACUGAUUAAAGCUUUAUCGAUCAAAAUUUUAGGUAAGGUGAGAUGAUGAGUCUGACUUUUUUUAUUUCCUGCUCAGGCUCAAGUCUUAUUCAAAAAGAUCAACAAAUUUAAAAACGUUUCAAGCAGCAUGGUCAGGUAAGUUGGACAUAUUAUUUCCUGAAAACCUGAUUAAACAACAUGCACUUAUCAAAAUACUAACACACACUCAGAUCCAGAGACAGUAAUUUUUACAGAGCUAUACCUUUCUUUUUCAUAAAGGAAUCUGGGUCAUAUUGCCAGUGGAAUGAGUUGUGAUUUGCUAAGGCUUUGGCGGAACAAUACAGACUUUGAAGAGCUGCUUCAGUUUAUUACUGAGCUGCCUGGAUCUAUAAGACCUGCCCUGGUGAGAAACCAACACUACAGCCUCGCUUAUCAUGUGUAUCACAGUGGCUGCUUUGCAUCACAGAUUAAUUUGUUUGUUGUUUUAUGUGCUUGGAAAAAUAUAGACUGACAAAUUCUAACAAGUUCAGGUGUGUUUUGGCUGUUUUACCAGCGGAGAUGUAUUGUAGAAGAACUGAGGGCACGUCCUGAUCUUGACCCUAGCACUUUAGGCUCUGGGUUUGCUGCAACAUUACCGUUAAGUAUAUUCAAAUUAAAACAUAAUAUUGAUCUUUUUAUUAUUAUUUACAGUUUAUAAAAUGAUUUACACCACUGUUUUGUUUUUUCCAGAGUGACGAUGCUAGAGAACAUAUCUAAUGCAUCCUUCAGAGCCAUCCUGGACUACAUUCAGGCUAACUUUGCUGAUUUUCUCAGACUGCCACAUUACAAGCAGACAAAUUUAGCAGAGAAAGUCGUCUCUGAGCUGGUAAGAUACUAACAUACUAAUUCUGAAUUUAGUGCUUGACGCAUUUCUAUAUGCUUGAUGUAGAAAGUGUUACCUGUUUCUGAAAGUUAAACAGAAAUUCAAAAGUAACCCCUAGAUAAGUAGCCCCACACAAAUACCUUUUAAUAGCACGCUACAGCCAAUAGAUGCUAUUUCUGCUCAGAAUAAAUCAGGGCGUGCGUCAGUGAGGCUGAGUCAUGUAUUUGAUUAGUAUGAGCCAUGUCACAGUACAAAAAGAGCAAACUCCUUUGUUUCCGGCUUCUCAAGCAAACACAGACAAGAGAAAACUGAUGGAAAAUUCCUCUUCUCAGCUUUGUACCAAAUCGAAGUCAUAUCAGUGUGAAAUCCUUGUAAUCCAGGGUUUAUUCUGACUGUAUGUGGUGGUCUGCUGGGCUCUUCUCAGGCUGCAGAUGAAAUUGAUGGCACCGUGCUGGACAUUCUGGGGCCUUUGCUGCCUUUCUUGGACAGAGACAGUUUGGCUCUGGUGGACAGAGGAGCUCUGGCUCUGCGGCUCGAGGAGAUGAGAGAUUUUUGUCUUCCUAAAGAGGCCUUGAGAGAUAUAAGUGCCCUUCUCACUCAGAGAGACAUGCUUGGGUAAAUAUCUGGUAGGGAUCACACAAGGUGCACAUGGGAUCAAAAAUAUAGCAAAGGUUAUUUUUUAAACCAAGGGUGUCAUUAGGUACUCAGGUUUAAGCUAAAUAUACAGCAGAUUUAGAAAAUCACUCUAAAAAGAUGUAUUAUUUAUUUACAACAGGUUUUUAAAAAUUUUUUUUAGUCACUUAUAAAUCCAACAGACAUCUACAAAGCCAAGUGAUCAUGCAGUAUCAAGGCAAAAUGAGUGAUGGAAUCUAAAAUGUGUUAUAUAUUCUAAGUAUAUUAGUAUGCUUAUAUUUGACUAUAAACCAACAACUACAGCUGACGCUAACAGUUCAGUUAGCAGCAAGUCUUGAGUCAAACUGAUAAAUUAAAUCUUCUGUCCAGUGUUUGGACAGAAAACCUAAAAGUAUCAGAGUUAUAUAGAACAUCUUACAGAGAAUAGAGGUAACAUUUGUGGGCAACAAGGGUGUUGAAUUAUAAAAAAAUCACAUAUAGGAGAACACAUUUUUUACUUAGAAAUACUGUAUGUUGUGAUUCCUUUGCAGAAUAAAAGGGAUUGUGCAGAAAAGUUAUUUUGAAUGAGUUGGUACUUAGCAGAAGCCUGAUUGAAAUUAAGUUUGUGCUGCAGGACAUGUUUUUUAAUGAAACACUAGUGUUGGUAAAAUGUAUUUGCUUUUUGAAAGGGAACCAUCCAAAUGGCAGGUUGGAGAUGUUGAACAUUUGAGCAGGCUGGUGUUUUCUCUUUCAAAUAAGCAGAUUAACUCCAUCCCACUGGUGAGCAUCAGCAAACCUCAACCUUUGAAAAGAAUGAAUGCCACACUCUUGCUGGUUUUCUUAAAUAUGUCCUGACAAGCUGGCAUAUAAAAUAUGUGUUCCUCCUGUGUAGGCUGUGCUGAAUAAAGACACGGUGGAGCAGGUCCUGAUGGGUCAGAGUCACUGGGAGGACAGCAUGGUUGGAAGAGUGUGCAUUUCUCAGUGUAUGGACAAGCAUCGCCACAGAAGAAAGACUAACAGUCUCAUUCGAGGGAUUGUCAAAGCUCAGAGCAGGAGAGCCAAAGGUUUAGUGCUGUGUCUGAUACAUUUUAUUUCUACCUGCUGGUUUGUGCUGGUGGUGUGCCUCACCGCUAAUCUGCACAGUAGAUAGGGGUUGUAUGAAUGGUUUCUUUGAGUUUGGUUUGAUAUGACUUCUCUGGCCUCUCUUCAAGCAGUGCCCGUUCCUAGCUGUGCAGACAUCAGGGGAACGUUUCCUUCGGCUUGGACAUCUACCCAGUUCAGCCGUAUGUCACAGGAGGAUCUUAAACAGUGUACUGAAAUCUUUGCCCAAGACGCCUCAUUAAGCCCUGAGCAGCGACGAGCACUUUGGAUUAAACUCAGGCAGGUUGGUAGCUCAGACUGCAAAAUACCACAAAAAAAUUCAGCUUAAGGUUGUUCAUACUUUCUGUUAAAUGCAGCAUGGCCUCCCAUAUGAAAUGUUCAAACUGCAUGUAAAAUGUGUUAUCCCUGUUUUCAGGACUUGAUUGUCUGUUAGAGCGCUUGUUUAUUUUUAAAGCUGUGAGAUGUAAGAUUGGGAAUAGAAAAUAAGAGUAAGAGAUAUGCAGUAUCUGUUUUUGACAGCUCACUAAAACAUGAGUAGUUUUUUUACAUUAUCAUCAACUGUAGUUGAAACAUGGUCUUGUAUUUCCUUUCAUUUAAUCCAGUUCUACAGUCCAAUGAGAGAGCUGAGAGCGGAUCAGGUGCUGGCUUUGGGCUCGGUGGUGACUGAGAUGGGGGAAAGAGAGCUCCAAGAGGCAAAUCUAACUGAUCUGGGUGUCCUGACACAUCUAGGGACUCUGACAGAAUGGAGCCCUAAAAAGGUCAACUUCAGUGUUUUAUUGGGUGUAAUAAUGCACAGCAAUACGAGAGUUAAUUAUUUAACAUGUCUAUUAGUGUCACUGUAUUUCUAUUUGUUAUUUUCAGAUGAGAGCAGUGGUUUUGGGUGCAAUGCGGAAACAGAAACAGAAAGUCGAACAGUUAACAGCAGUAGAUCUUGCAACAUUAGGUCAUCUGAUCUGUGGUCUGUAUCCCUCGGAGAUCAAAAGGUUGAGUCCUUACAACCUCAGGUCAGUCAAAGUCCUCUUGUGUGUUAACUGAGUCUCCACUUAGUAUAACUGCACUAACAGUAAAAAGCAAUAUGGGGAGGCUCAUAGUUUAAUAGACUGUGUUUAAAUCAACACAGGAAUGAUCAUAAAGAGGUGCUCAAACACUUCACACAAGGUCAUACAAUAUGCCAGUAGAGCAUUAAUAACAUUUUUAUGAUAUCAACUCAAAGACAAAUGCAAACAGAGAUGGAUGUUUAAAAUCAUAGGGUUUUUAAAUACUUUUUACAAGAUAGUAAAUACAAUGUGUGCACACAAACAAUAAUUAGCUCUAAUCAUUAACAGCAAAACAUCGAUUCAGCCACCAUCACCUUGACAGAGUCACUCUCCUUUGGCUUCUAAGAAAUCAGCUAAAGUCACAUCCACCCUCUAACAGAUGUUAACCAACAGGCGGUUGGCACAUCUCUUAGCUGCAGAAACCCCAUGAAAAUAUUUUUGCAUACCCUUAGAGGAGGAUUGAGUCCUGGAUCUUUCUCCUUAAACUGCAGCAUGGCGGUCCUGUUCCUGCGGGAGAUGUCCCUGCCGUGCACAGAACAGCAGAUGGAGGUGUUGACAAGCCGUUUGUCCAGACCUGAGGCCUUCGGUCCAGUCAGUGCUUGGGGACCAGAAGUGUUCACUGAAAUUGGGACAUUGGCAGGUGCAGUAGAAAAUAGUGUCCCUGAGGGUAUAAUGUUUUUUUUUUUUUUUUUUUUUUCAGAUUGUUUUUGCUGAAAUGGAGGAGGGGAUGACAGCUUUUGGAUGGAUAGUUACAAUUUGAUACUUCCCUUGGGGCAUGGAAGUUUGGGAAAACUUUUUCUGUGACUUGAUAUGAGAAACAUUAAUUAUCUGACUGCAGUACUUGUGUCUCUGUCCAGUGGGUAUGGAGGACAUGGUGCUGUCAUCUCUGAUACAAGAACAAGUGGAGGGAAUAACCCCUGAAGCCAUUGCUGUGAUGUCAAAGAAAAAGAUGGCAGUGAGUUUUGACUUAAAUACAAUUAUCUCUAUUUAUGGUGAACUAUACAGGAAAGUUUGAGUCCAGUAUAAAUGCAGAGUCAUUAAGUAUUAGCACAGAAUAUUUAAAUACAUAAUGCUUGAAUAGUUGAGAUACAACUAUGAAUAAUUCAUGUUGAUGUAAAUUAAUGUUGAUGUUGAUACAACUGUAUAGAAACUGCUGUUUAUAACUUUAUAUAGCAGCUUCAUGGUCCAAAUUUGAUACAAACAAGCCUUAUUUGACAAUGUCAGGACUCAAUAGCAUUAUUUUAACUUUUAGUAACUCAUGUGUUCAUCAUAAUAUUACAAAUCAAAAUGUCUGCUGUUGGGAAAUAGGAGAAAAGUUUAAAACUGCCUUUUUUUAGUUAAUCGUAAAAUGAAUUGUUUGGGUUUCAUUAUGACUUAAAGUGAAUUUGAAUAAGCAGGGAAGACAUCUUCCGGAGAAUUAAAUAAUGUUGAAGGAUGAUUGUUGGCUUGUCUGCUCAUGUGUCUUUACUCUGAGCUGCUAAAAGUUGAGGACUGAGUACAGAAUUUCAUAUAUUGCCAGAUAGGAGUUUAAUAGAUCAAUAGUAUUAUUGGGGUGUAAUAUAAAACCAUUAAAAGGGCAUAUCAAAUUUUGUCUUCUCAUUUUUACUCAUUUUUUAGAAGACAUAUCAAUGAAAAGUAACUGCAUUACCAUAGUUCACCUUGUUAAAUGUUGAAAGCCACUAAGCUUUUUGGCUAUCAAAAUACUUCAAAAUGUGUGACACAAGGAUCUUUUGUCUAUGACUGCACUGUGAGUCUGUAUUUUUGUUGGGUGUAUGUCUGAAAGGUGGUGUUCAGUGCUGUUCAGCUAUCCUGGCUGAGUGCUGAGCAGGCUUGGGCUGUCACUAAAGAGCAGUGGGAAGAGCUGGACAGUGAACAGAGACAUGCUGUUGGACUAGCUCGAUACGAGGGAGAUGUUUUGCUGGAGCUGAGAGGUGAGUGUGAUAAAAUUUCAUUUUUAUAACCCUCUUUACAAUGGCUCUGUCGUGGUUGUUUUAAUUAACUGAGAGAGAGUUUGGGAGCAUGUAUACUUUUAUUAUGGUUACACUUACUUCCUCUAACCAAUUUGAUUUUUAUGUUGUGUUCAUGAGGGAAUAAUAAAUGCUUUGUUUGUCUAUUACCACAGGAAGAAACUCUGUUCCAGCGGGCCUCAACACAGACAGCUUCUUUUUACACUCACUGCUGCUCUGCCUCUUAUUAUGGCAGCUAAUUUAA